GAGGGGCGACAGGAGAGAAGGCGGUCGCCUCCUUCCCACUCAGCUGUUCCGCCGGCGCGCUCUUGGGCUGCGCGCGUUUGGCGGCAGAGGGAAACCCGGCAGUGCGUCGUGCUCCUUGCUCCCAGCAGAGAUCGUUUACCUACCUGGGGGAUGCCCGCCUUUCUACUGCGCUUCAUCUAGACUCGCGGAGGCUUCCUUGGCGGCUCCUCACUCCACCGAAAUCUUUUUCCGGAUGGAACACUGAUCAAGCUUCCUCUGGAAAUAUGUCUAAAAGGUACACAAAAGCUACCAGAUCGAAGCGGUCUCGUGGGUCUGUUGACCACAUUAUGCUUCGGAAGAGACGACGAGCACCGGCCACUGCCGAGGAAACACCUUCACCGGAUGCCAGUGAAAGCUUUGAAGAAACACCGUCCAUGGAGACUUGCUUUGGGAGCCCAGAUCGCAGCGACACAUCAUACUUCUGUGGUGGAGGCACACCAAAAAGCUAUAGUCAAUUUCGAGGCAUUCAUGGCCUUCCAACACCUGAACCACGGGCAUGCCGCAAUUCUCCACUUCCUCAGUUUUCUUGGGCUGACCAGGAGAAUGUAUGGAGCCUGAUGGUUCACAAAGACCUCAUCUAUGUCCACAGUGCAUCUGUGCUUGAGCGACAUCCUGCUUUGCAGCCACGGAUGCGUGUCAUUCUCCUCGACUGGCUGAUUGAGGUCUGUGAAGUUUACAGGUUGCACAGGGACACCUACUACUUGGCCCAAGACAUCCUUGAUCGCUACCUGGCCAAGACUUCCAACCUUCCAAAGAAUCAACUUCAGCUACUAGGCAUCACAUCCUUGUUUCUUGCAGCCAAAAUGGAGGAAAUUUACCCACCAAAGCUGGCUGAGUUUGCCUAUGUGACUGAUGGUGCUUGCCAGGAGAGCGAAAUUCUUGACAAGGAACUAUCAAUUCUUGUGGCUCUCAACUGGGACCUGACUCCAGUAACUGUCAAUGGGUGGCUUAACACGUACCUGCAGAUAGCUGCAAAGAAGGAGAAGAGGGACAAAGAUGACAUGAACUUCUUACAUCCAGGAUUCUCUGCCUGCUCUUUUGUACAAGUUGCACAGUUGGUGGAUCUAUGCAUGCUGGACGUAGAUUGCCUACAGUUUGCAUACAGCGCUAUUGCUGCUUCGGCGAUCCAUCAUAUGAUGUCUCCAACCCUAGCAUCAACUGUUUCUGGCUACAAGACUGCUGAUUUAGCCGACUGCAUUGAGUGGAUGGUACCUUUUGCCACUGUUAUCAAAGAAGGAUUAAAAGACACAUCUGGAACCUGUGGGAAAUCCGGACACGAAAUACAAGUUCAUCAUGUUAAUCUCCAGCUAGUGGAGAAGGCAUUAUGCCUGAAGAAAGAAGCCAGUGCCUCUUCAGAAUCUAAACGUGGCAAAGUGCCCAGUGGCAACAGCACAGUUUUGGGACUACUCACACCUCCUGCUGUCCAGUAGUUUUUAUGGGAACAUUCAUUGCAAGCGGUUAUGUGUUGGCCUGUACUGCUGUUUGUUGAUAGCAUACCAGUGUAAGAUCUCGCGCUGUGGACAUAGAGCACACAAUCUUCGAGAGCAAGGAAAUGUAACCAGAGUGUAAAUGCACUUGCAUGUCUAGUCUCAAUUGUCCCAGCCGACUUUGUUGCAUGGCUGUUACAGCUGUAUCAUUAGGGUUUUUUUCUCUAAGUGAAGGGCAUCUGCAUGUGUGUCCACAUACUAGAGGUAAAUACUGUGUAGUUGACCUACCUGUCUGUUGUCAGUGCAGUGUUCCUAGUUUUCUACAGUGCUUGUUUAUUUCUAAAAAGAAACUCUGCUCUGGCAAGUCUGUGGAAUGCUGGACAUUCACUGAUAACCCAUUCCAUGCCCUUUGUAAUCAUGUACAUGUAUAUAGAUACAUUAUGUAUCACCUGUUCAGCCAUUUAUGUUUAUAUAUUUUGCAAGUGGGUUCCCUGGAGAGCUAUUUUGUUAACAGCCAAGCUUUGGCAAGACAGGGAAAAGCUUGCAAUCAAAACGUGUCAUCUGCAUGGCAAAGUCAUCCAAGACUGUGUCUCGCACAUUGCCAGCAGUUUUGUGUAAGUCUUUGUCAGGGAAUGCCCACAUGAUGCCGUUUCACUGCCAGUGUUUAAAAGUUGUCACAGGUAGGUGACUGCACACUCAACCUGCAUGAGGUGUUGCCAUGCUGGGGGACGUAUUUUUAUACUCUAAAACAUGCAUGGGAAUGAGUGUUUUGAGAAGCUCACCACUUGUCCAAUGCCAUAGUGUUCUGCUUCCCAUUGGUGUUUUUUUUCCUCCAUUGUUUUGGGAUAGCUGAUCCCUCCAAGAUCUCAAACCUAGUGCCAUUGGGACUGUGAAUGUAUUACCCACAUUCUCCUAGCCAAUGUCAGUGCUCAGUCAUGCUUACACUGGCAUUAGUUCUACCUAUGUGUACACUGGGAGCUUCCAAGCCUGCUGUCUGGUGGCUCUAGUUAACACAUUUGAGGAUGUCAUCAUUUGUCUUCCAGUUUAUGCUGAUAUAUUAUUAUUCCUGCUAACUUGUUCUCUGAACAAUGGUUUGAAUGUUUAUAUCACAAUUUGCUCAAGCAACAAGACGGAUUUUAUCAGCAACAUACGCCCCAUGCAAGUUGUUGCAUGUUUGUUGUGCAUGGGGGACACUAAAUAAGACAUAUCCCUGCAAGUUUUAAGUUUGAGCUUGGAGUGGAAGACUUGGAUCUGCUCAUUUUUUUGAACUAGAGGCUUUUGUGCUUAGCAAUUUUUUUUAGCCUUUGAUUAAAAAAAAAUGAAUUUCAUGUUUAAGGUACUUGAUCAUUGUUUAGAAUGUAUUUAAGACACUUUUGAGGCCUGAUUAAAGUGUACUUUGCACAUUGUGAGUAAUUGUGAGGUUAUAAACAAGUAAACAGACAUUUUUGUUCAGAGUUGCCUUGAAGUGCACAUGGGAGGAUAGUAUGGUACAAAGAGCACUUGAUGCAGGCUCUGUGCUUUAUGACAGUAAUGUGCAAUAACUGACUUAUUGCUGCUGGUAUUUCAGUGCUGUGUGGGUAUUUAAACAUUUUCUGUAUACUGCAUGAAGUUGUGAAGCUUCCACUGUGUCGUAUUGUACAACUGUGCACUGAAUGCCAGCUCUAAAUGAAAACUUAGUGCCCACAGUAUUUUGCCUCUUUUGUCAGUUAUGUAUACUUUCUGGGUUUUUCUGGUUUGGCAUUUCAAGCACAUCUAUCAGUCAUUUACUGUACUGUACCAAUACCCAUCAUAUGGCAUUGAGUGGAUUUGUAAACAUGAUUUAUGGAGGUGAUACUAUUUUUUUAUGAUGCAUUUGAAAUAAAGUAAUGACCUUUACAAAG